AUGGCAAGAUCGGCACAUUCUUUAGUCUUACCUGCUGCUGUGGCCGUUCCCGCUCUUCCAAUUGUCUGGCGCCGCAAUAGUUCUCAUUCUCCGAUGGGAGCAACGCCGGUCAACGUUCGGAAAAAAGUGACCAUCAAGACGCUUCAAGCACUAUAUAGAAAGAAUGAACCAAUUACUAUGUUGACAGCUCAUGAUUUUCCCAGUGGUCAUGUCGCUGAGGCAGCAGGAAUGGAAAUGGUGCUCAUUGGCGAUAGUCUAGCGAUGGUUGCGCUAGGAAUGGCAGAUACCAGCGAAAUUUGUCUGGACGAGAUGCUCUUACAUUGCCGGAGCGUAUCGAGGGCGGUGGGAACAGCGUUCACUGUUGGAGAUAUGCCAAUGGGAUCUUAUGAAAUAUCCCCAGAACAGGCUCUUCAAACUGCCAUUCGCCUCGUGAAAGAAGGCAGGGUACAAUCGGUAAAGUUAGAAGGUGGUUCGGAAAUGGCCCCUACUAUUCGACGUAUAACUCAAGCCGGAAUUCCGGUUGUCGCCCACAUUGGACUCACACCACAGCGCCAAAACGCUCUCGGCGGCUUUCGUGUCCAAGGAAAAUCUACAGCAGAAGCUGUAAAAUUUUUUCAUGAUGCAUUGGCCAUCCAGGAGGCGGGCGCAUUUAUGGUGGUACUAGAGGCUGUUCCUGCCGAGAUCGCGAGUAUUGUCACACAAAAGCUGAAGAUCCCCACCAUUGGAAUUGGUGCUGGAAAUGGCUGCUCUGGCCAAGUACUCGUACAGGUGGAUAUGGCCGGGUAUUUUCCGCCAGGCAGAUUUCUCCCGAAAUUCGUCAAACAAUAUGGGAAUGUAUGGGGAGAGAGUCUGAAAGCAAUUGAACAGUACCGGCGUGAAGUUAAGACUAGAGAGUACCCAUCAAAGGAAUACACGUAUCCUUCCUCAAAAGACGAAGUAGACGCGUUUGAAAAAUAUCUUGAUGAUAAUCAUUAA